AUGCCUCGUGGUAGACCUCGAGGUCGUGGUCGAAGUUCAGCCGGAAAAACAGUAGCUAAAUCAUCACCAUCAUGCUAUGGUCGUAAUCGAGGACGUGCAAAACUCACUGGUAUUUCAAUGAAAUCAAAAUCAACGAAAACUUCAAAAUCCAGAGAAAAUCGACAAGCUUGGGAUGAAAGUGAUGAAGAAUAUGAUAGGCCUGACUACUACACCGACUCAUCAGAUGGUUUCGAUAGUGAUACUUCCACUGCCCAAAGAAAUUCACCCGAAUUUUCAUUCGUUGAAAUUUAUUUUGUAAACAAAUUAAUGAUAGAUUCAGCAGCAAUGGAUUUGGAAGACGAAGCUGAAGAUGAAGAGAUAGAGGAGACAUCAUCCGUGGCGAGUCGGGUUCCAACACCUGGUGCAUCACUUUAUGAGACAGAUGAAUCUGUCGAAUGCCCAUGGCUUGAAAUUCCUGCAGAACAAUUACCAAUAUUGAAACUACCAAAAGGAAGCAAAGAUUUAUUGAUCGAUGAGAAAUAUUUGUUUGAUGCUCUUGAGGUUUAUGAAACUUGUCGGUGGUACUAUCAAGCAAUUCGACUUUCUCCAUUUCUUUUCGAAGAUUUUUGCGCUGCUCUAAGUACUGAGGGUCAAACAAAUCUCUUGGCUGAAAUACAUAUCGCACUGUUGAAGUUGUCGCUAAAGGACGAUGAUGAUGAGCAAAUCAUCUUAUCAGUUCAGGACACAAACAAUAGUUUUAACAUCAUGCUUCAGCUGCUUGAACCAAUGACAUAUGCCGAGGUACUUCGCCAAUAUUUGGAAAGCGAUCCGCAGCGUUUUCCUGCUGAAGUUCUUGAAGCAGCAAGUGGAAAUUAUCCGUUUGUUGGUGUGAAACAACGACUUACAGUUCUUUCAUGGCUUUGCGAUCGUUUCUUUCAAACUAAUGAAUACCGAAAUAUUGUUAGGAAUGAGGGAAAACUGACGGUAGAUGAACACUGUCGUGAAUGUGGAAAACCAGGCGAUGUCCUGCUAUGUGACGGUUGCGAAGCAUGCUAUCAUCUGUCAUGCACAAAUUUAGCCGAUGUACCAGAUGGAAAGUGGUUGUGUCAAGUGUGUGAAUUACAUAAGGUACGCGGUGUAACAGACUGUCAAGUCCCAGGUUACCGGUCGCCGCGUAUGCCAAUGCGUUUCAAACCAUUGGGUCGCGAUCGUCAUGGCCGUCUUUACUGGUUUAUGGUGAGGCGUAUAUUUGUGCAGAACGAUAUUGACGGUUCUGUGCAUUACUACAGCACUCUUCCUCAGCUCUAUUUUUUGUUGAAUAUGCUUUCUGUGAACGAAUACGAAAAACAUUUGGCAGCCGUUUUUAUGGACCUUCUUCCUCUCAUUGAAGAACAUAUGCGGAUGACAUUGCAGUUAACUGGUGACUAUGGACGAAGCGCAAGAGCUAGAAAUAAAACUGAUUUGUACUUGCAUGCUGAUAACGUUAUUAGAAUGGGUGGUAUUUUGGCAAAGCCGUUGUUUAGUCAAUUACGAGAAAGUGAUGAUGAAAGAAUAGUGGUUGCAAUUGGUUACACGAAGCAUGUUGAAGUGAGCAAGUAUCUGCUACUCUGCAAAGUAGAAGAAUUGUUGGGAUUUACGGGAAACUGUUUAAAGGAUACAUUCUGGACAGCUGGCAUGCAAACUCACGAAGUGAUUACAAAAAAAGAAGUAAUCGAAACGAGUUUCCAUACAGCUUUAGUUAAUGGCGAUAUUGACGAAGUCCAUUCUGUGGAGCUUGGAUUUAGGCUUGGAGAAGGCGAUACCUUAUCUCAUUAUGUCAAUCAAUAUAGUAUGAAUGAAUAUGCCAAAAAUCCGAUUCAAAGGGCUAAAGAAAGAGACAAAAAAAAGUACAUGUCAGGAAGAUUUUCGCUUAUGGACGAAGGAGAGUUUGAGUGGACGGUAGCAAAGGGACGUACUCUUACUGGAACACCCAUUCAGAUUGGGAAAAUAAUACAAAAUUCCAUGGAAAGUUUUGCUCAAAAAAUACCAUCAGUUUUAAUGCAUCGACUAUGGAAACGUGAUGGCUUGGAUUAUUUUAAAAAGGGACUUAGUGCUCCACCAACAGUUGAAUUGUUGAAAGAUUUGUUGCUGCGCUUCGAAUGUGCGAUUCGGCGACCAGUUCUUCAUAACGUAUGGUGGAGCACUCUGGGACACACUCGUCUGAUACGUAUAACAGUGGAGGAUCGUGAACGCCGUCAGCGUUAUGAGACAAAGAAAAAGAAGCAGGAAAGGGAGCUUUGGGCAGCAGAACCAGAUGAUGACGAAGUAAUUUGGGUGAAACACCAUAAGGUUGGUUCAAUCCUUAAGAGAACUUUAUGGCGACAGAAUGAUGAAGGUUAUCGAGUGAAUGGUCGUGGUACUCUUGGUGGUUGGUUGUGGAAAUCUAAUACAUUUCAUCGAACAUUUAUUCCACGAGCUGAAAAGCCGAAUAUUGGCAAAAUUUUAGAACCCACUUCAUUGGCAAAUAGGAAGGCAAUUCAUCUGGAAAAAAUUGUUAAAUGUCUAAACGAGUGGAGAAUUGCAGAAUUGGAAGGAGAAGAGAGGAAGUGGCAAAAGGAACUUUUGAAGAAGUGCUAUUCUCCCACGUGUAGAAUGGGUAUAAUGCCAUUACCGAUUACCUCAGAAAAUGAUAGUGUUCAAGGUUGUUAUAGUCUUACGUGUCGUCAAGCAGUAUCGCAGUCCAUGGGAAGAACCACGAGUAGUGUUGUGCAUGCACGACCUCCAUCUUCGUCACCGUCAAAAUCUCAGCAAGAAAAUGGGAAAGAUGUAAAAACACUGGAGAUGAAUAAACCGUUUCCGCUUCCGCUACCAUUUGAUUAUCGAGUCAGACGUACUGGUGAACAAAGUUUAUUAAUCUUACCACAGAAAGCCUUAAAACGUUUGGCUCGCCAGGGUGGAAUAAAUUUGAAUUAUUUCGCUCCUGGUUUCCAUCGUUUGGCUAAAAGUAACAAUCAAGUAUGGAACUACCCGUGUCAACGACCACUCUUUGAUAACUGCUGGAGAUACUUAGUAUUACGUGCUCAGUCAUACCACUCGAUUGCUUUGCAUCUUCGAGUACUAUAUGCGUGCAUUCGAUGGGCUGAUAUGCAUCGUGAACCAGAUGAAGUUUCUUUUUAUUCUUUAAAUCAAGAUAGGAAAGCUGAUUUUCGAGUUACAGUCCAUCUUGCGGAUCAUGAUGAAGUAAGAACAGUGAUUGGUCAUAAGGAAUAUCCACCAGAUGGCAUGUAUGAACAAUAUAAACUUAGUGUAGAGCUAAUUCCUCUGGAUGACAAUGUUGAACUGGAUGAUGCUAAUGAAGGCUUAGGAAGUGCUGCAUAUCAUCCAUCAAAAUCGCUAGAGAAAACUUUGCGUAAAAGAAAAGCAACAAGAGGGAGAUCGGAAAACGGGGCAGUAAGGAAAGAUCAUGUGAAAGUGGUUGAGCGAUGGAUCGAUGGUAUUGAAUUGAAACCUUGGGAAAUAGCUAAUUAUUGGAAGAAUAUUGAAAAUCGGGCGAGACGUGGUUUGAAUGCACCAUCGGUUGUCACAGUAGGUAAUAGAAUUCCUGCGCCAGUUAUUAAGCACCAUGAGUCGCCGACAGUUCAUUCUAACCGCAUAUCUGGUGAGCGACGUCGUCCGCAACCAAAACGCAUGCCAGAUUACGAUUAUGACAUAAAAGAUGAUGAGGACGAAGAUGACGAUGAUGAAUAUAUCGACGUCGAAACAUUGCCAAGUAUUGUUGAAAAAUCGAAUUCAAGUUUAGAACCAAGACCAAAAGUUUCUCGAUUAUCAGAACAGAGAUCGGAAAGACACUUGGCUGAAAGUCCAUAUAAAGCGCAGUGGCAAAAUCCGAAUAUACUUCGUCAGUAUGAGCAAGUGGCCAGACGACCAGGUGAAUUAUUAGGAGGAGGGAAGUAUACUAUGUUUCAGAAACCGGAUGGUACGUUUUGUCGAGUAAUGGUGUAUCAGAAUCAUCCAACGCAGAGUACCAGGACAGCGAGUGCUCCAGGAUCUGUUCGUACACCGCCAAUGAUAGCUUCACAACCAAGAACUGGAACUUAUCAACGUGAAUCGGUGCGAAUACCAGUCACUCGAAGAGUUGUAUCAGUUCCAGGCUCGAGUCAUGGAUCUCCUGUGGCACCAGUGGGGAAAAGAUUGCUGUUGAUUCGCCGGAGUGAUGGCACGACGCAGUAUUUAAGGCCAGUUACUACUGGUACAGGUACACCUGGUGCAUAUCGAACGGUUCGCACAACACAAGCUGGUGGUGCAACAAUAAAUGAUGUUCGAGGUUCUGCAACAAAUUCUCCCUUUGUUCGUCCGCUUGGUACUACUCGAACUGUUUUUACUGGUAACCAGUCAGUGGGAAGAGUUUUAAGAUUACCUGCGCGAACAGUAUCAGUAGUAAAUCAGCCAUCUUCUGAAAAUCAAGCUUCAUCCACAGUGCGAAUUGGCCGAAUGCAACCGAAGCGAAGAGUGGAUGGCGAUGAGAUGCUGAGUGAUCAUUCCACCGAUCCUAGUACGGCACAAGUAGACGAGGAGUAUCGUUUAUUGACAGAAAAAGGUCUUCGGUCGUCUGGAAAGCCACUUGGAACAGCUCCAGUUUCUGGCAGUACAAGACCAGCUGUAACAGUUCAGCCUCGACAAGGUUUAACAGCAGUGGUUCAUUCAUCUCUCGAUCAACAAACAUCAUCAGGUCAUAUAUUUGGUGACCAUGACCCUAUGGUUGGCUCCGGAUCUUCAGCAAUUGGUGGUGAUAGAUACGCGAAUAUGGUACGAACAGAAACCAGGACAGCAGGAGUUACUGUACGAGCACAUCAUGGCGCUGAAGUAGUUCGAGUGAGACUCCAUGGACGAGGAGUAUCGUCAUUAUAUGGUAAGACGCAAAACGAAUUAACAGAUAUGACAUCAUCAGUGGGGCACAGUUAUGCCAGUAGUCGUACCCAUAUAAAAUAUAUUGGAACCAUUGAUAUCCGUUCCAAUCUUUACAUUCGUCCGUUUGAACAAGUCGAUCAGCGAGUUAUAAAAGAAGUGCUUGACAAUUUGAUAACUGAAGUUUGCAUAAUGGAUGCUGAAAAUGGUUGGCAUCGACGUCACAUUCAGCGUAUUUUUGAAGAACGUCAGGAAGAAAGAAAGCGCCGUGAAAUGCAGCAAAGGGCACUGAAAAUUGAACGCCUUUCAGCGAGACAACUUGAAACUGAGUUGGGUGAGCGCAUUGAAUGGUUCAAGAGAGAAGUCAAUAAAAGGCGUCUUAAGUUAGAGGAAAGAGCAGAGGCCGAGGCCGGAAUGAUUGCGCCAUGGCGCCGGCCUCGAAGUAGGCCUGAGAAGAGAGCACGUGAACUUUUUCCCGAUUCAAGUGCACAAUUGCAAGCUAUAGCAGGAAUGCCGGUAGAACCAAGUACCAUAUCGUUGGGUGGUAUAAUACAUUCCGACGAAACAGCAUCGAAUAAGGUAGAUGAACAGUCGACUAUCCAACUUCCAAGCGAAAAUAGCAAUGUGCACUGUGCGAAAACUACGGGAUUGAUACCAGAUUUAUCCAUUCAGCAGCAAUCAGGAGAGUUGUCAGUAAAGGAUCAACCUUUAAUGGAUUCGGGACAACAAGUGGAAGACACCUCACAACAGCGGCGUAGUGAGAGAAGCAAGAAGAAAAAGAGUUGGGACGAAAGUUUUAUCAAAAUUGAAUCACUGUCGACAUCGCAGAUACCAGAUAGUAGUGAAACGAAGACAAAUGGAAAAGCUCGGAAAGAACAGCGUCGUAUGACACGUGGAACCACUCCUUCAACGUCGUCACGACCAGGAACAGCAUGUUCAGAAUCUAUUCCAGACAUCGAUACCACAAAAAGACACUGCAAAUGUAAUCAGCCUUAUGACCCGAAAAAGUUUUACGUUGGUUGCGAUUUAUGCUAUCAGUGGUUCCAUGGUAAAUGUGUUGGCAUAUCAGAAAGAAAGUCAAAGAAAAUGACAAGUUGGUUGUGUGCAGAUUGUGCGAAAGAGCAAAAAAGUUCUGAAAAGGAACUAUAUUGUGUAUGCCAGACUCCAUACGAUGAUUCACAAUUUUAUGUUGGCUGUGAUGGAUGUGAAGGAUGGUUUCAUCCACGGUGUGUUGACAUCACUCAAGAGGAUGCCGAAAAAGCAGCGGAAUAUCUGUGCCCUCAAUGUACACAAAAUAAGCAAGCAAAUGAAUCGAGUACUUCAUCUUCACCGCCUAUAUUACUUGAUCGUCCUGAUUUCGAUCUUCUUUGGCAUGCCUUUGAUAGUUUAAAGAGUCAUCGAACUAGCUGGCCUUUUCGACAAGCAGUUGAUCAAAAAGAUCAUCCGGAUUAUUAUUCUAUUAUUAAAAAACCGAUGGAUCUGAGCAUUGUGCAACAAAAACUGGAACAUUACGAAUACCAUAGCUUGAAAGAAUUUACUACUGAUAUAGCACAAAUUUUUGAAAAUGCUCGAAUAUUUAAUUCAAAAGAUUCAGCUAUUUAUCAGUGCGCUGAUAUUCUCGAAAAACAAUUUCGUGAGCGUAUAGUGAAAGUUAAAUCUUCGAUAGAAACACGAGCUAGUGGUAAAAAAGGGGAAAAAACAGCCAAAAAAACUAAAAAAUAG